AUGGACUCUCUCGACGGAUCCAGUUACGAUGUCUUGAUUUCUGGAACAGGCAUCCAGCAGUCUUUGCUUGCUCUUGCUCUCUCGCGCUCUGGCAAGAAGGUCUUGCAUGUCGACAAGGACGACACCUAUGGCGGUCCUGAAGCUGCCCUGAGUCUUCAGGAAGCCGAGCAGUGGGUUGAAAAACUCGGUUCUGCAAAGCAACCACGAUUCAGCAAUGCUUCGAUCACCAAGUCGGAUGAAGGAGAGCAGAAACUCUCCCCUUCCAGAGCAUACAACCUGUCGCUUGCGCCGACUCUGGUCUACACUCGCUCCGGUCUGCUACCAAUCCUCGUCUCGUCCAAGACCAAUGACCAGCUCGAGUUCAUGGCUGUGGGUGGAUGGUUCGUCUUCGAAAAGCAGGAAGGCGGCGCGCGAGUGGUUCGUGUACCGAAUGGACGUGAGGACAUCUUCGCCGACCCUUCUCUCACAUUGAAGAUGAAGGGGCAGUUAAUGAAGUUCCUCCGCUUCGUGGCCGCGUUUGAGGAAAAGCCUGAAACAUGGCAGCCUCAUCGCGACACUCCAUUUGCCGACUUCUUGUCUGAGCAGUUCGGUCUGCCUGCUGUCGACACGCUCAUGGCUCUGUGCCUCAGUCUUGAGGUCCCUGAAAAGACGACUACCGAUUUCGCUCUACCACGCAUCGCUCGUCACCUUCGUUCGAUUGGUGUUUUCGGUCCUGGAUUUGGUGCUGUCAUUCCCAAGUGGGGCGGACUCUCGGAAGUUGUUCAAGUCGCCUGCCGAGCUUGUGCUGUUGGUGGUGGCAUCUAUGUUCUUGGUCAAGGCAUUUCUUCCAUCGAGCCUGCUCAACCCGACGAGGAUGAUGUCGAAGAAAUCCCAAGAGAGCCCGAGAAGCCCGACGUUUCGCAAGACAUUCACAAUAUGAUCACCGAAGGCGAAGGCUUCGUUGAUACGAACCCAGACAAUCUCGACGAACUCGAGUCUGGUAUCAAGGAACAGUCCUUGGACGAUCUUCUUGCUGCAGCUGGAUACAGUAUUGCCGGUGUCGAGGUAGAAAAGCCCACACCCGCUGCUGAGAAGCCUAUUGAAAAACAGAGCGCUGCCGUGUCUUUUGAGAAGAAGUCACUGCACACUGUCCAGCUCAGCAAUGGAGAGAAAGUGUCUGCACAGUACAUCGUCGGCUGCUCAGAUGAUUUACCUGGAUCCCUACCUGCCACUAUCGUUGGCACCAAGGUUCAAGGAGCUCAACCCGAUGCUGUUUCUCGCAGUAUCACAAUCAUCUCAUCACCUCUGCAACAUCUGUUUGUUACUGUUGCUGAAGGUGGUGUCUCGCCUGCUGGUGCUGUUGUGGUCUUCCCUGCUGGUUCUUUUUCGAUCGCCGCCCACCCACCUGUACAGAUCAUGGUUCACUCCAGUGAUACUGGCGAAUGCCCUCAAGGACAAUCACUUACCGGCCAANAAGGUCAAGAGCUUCUCGCUGAGGCUAUCAAGUCGCUUCUUGCAGCUCAAGAGAGCGAUGCUCGAGCUCUGUGGUCACUCAGCUAUGAGCAACACGCUGAGGCUGUAGCUCCAUCAAGCCAGACCUCUUCCAGCAUUCUCAAGAUCCAAGACCCACCAUUAGACUUUGUCUUUGAUGAUGCGAUUAUCGAGAAUGUGCAGGCGGCAUGGCAGAUGAUCUUGCCCGAGGCCGAUGACUUUAUGGUCUUUGGCGAGAGAUGCGCUGAUGCUGAAGAGGAGGUAGAGGAUGACGAGUAA